AACGCUUCGUAACACCUCUCUCUCUCCUGCCACCACGGUCGUGUCGCUUGCCGUGAGCUCGGCCCUUCCACAGCGAAGAAGGAACCAAAAUGGCGGAUUCGAAGGCGGUCACAAUCAGGACAAGGAAGUUCAUGACCAAUCGACUCCUCUCCAGGAAGCAAUUCGUCAUCGAUGUGCUUCACCCAGGAAGAGCCAAUGUCUCAAAGGCAGAAUUGAAGGAGAAGCUGGGGCACCUGUAUGAAGUUAAAGAUUCGAACACCAUUUUCGUGUUCAAGUUCAGGACGCACUUCGGAGGAGGGAAGUCAACUGGUUUUGGUUUGAUCUAUGAUACAGUUGAAAAUGCAAAGAAGUAUGAGCCCAAAUACAGGCUCAUCCGGAAUGGGCUUGCCACAAAAGUGGAGAAAUCAAGGAAGCAGAUGAAGGAAAGGAAGAACAGGACAAAGAAAAUUCGCGGUGUCAAGAAGACAAAGGCUGGUGAUGCUGCCAAGGCUGGAAAGAAGAAGUGAGCUAAAUCCACUUUACUACUGUUGUAUUGUUCGCUUGAAGUUAUUCGCAAAUAUUCUCGUUGCAUUCUAAGCCUCAGAUUGUGGAACAUUUUAUGCGCCUUUUAGUUUAGAGUUGUGAGGUUUUUUCUUACUUUGGACAAGAAUUUUAGAAUUCUGACAGUCAUUUACUAUGAAAAAGCCUUAUUUACCUUGAUCUAA